AUGGCGGCUCUCCUGGAAGACGGGCAGCUUGCCAGUGUCAGCAGAGGCUUUAGAGUGCCCUUCCUUACCUCUCCUUGCCUACAAGAAAAAGAAGAAGAAGCAAGCAGUAGCACUAUGGGGUGUGAAGGGCAAGGACCAGGGGGAAGAAGGAGAUUAAUGGGAUUGGCUUUGCUGAUGUUUCUACAGGCGAUGAUGGGUAAAUAUAUCCUAAUAAUCACCUCUUCUUCAGUAUGUGGAAAGCAGGGUUUUCUGAACCGGAUCGUAGGGGGGAAAGACUCCCAGGAGGGGGAAUGGCCAUGGCAGGUCAGCAUCAAGAUGAAUGGGGAGCAUCACUGUGGGGGGUCUCUCAUCACAGAUCAGUGGAUCGUCACAGCCUCACAUUGCUUCAAACAUUUCAGCACUCCAUCCAAUUUCACAGUGUUGCUUGGAGCACUGAAACUCUCAAAUCCAGGUCCUCAUUCCGUCACCGCUGCUGUAAGACAGAUCAUCCUCAAUCCUACCUACGACGGGCAUGUGAGGAGUGGAGACAUUGCCCUGGUACAACUGGAGCAGCCAGUGACAUUCUCCAAAUGGAUCAUUCCCAUCUGUGUCCCUGAUGCCAAUGUCAACUUCACCCCAGGACACAAGUGCUGGGUCACUGGUUGGGGAGAUGUGCAAGCCAGAGAUAGACACCAAACCUCUGAUAUACUAAAAAAGCUAGAGGUUCCCAUAAUCAGCACAAAGACCUGUAAUGCCCUCUACCUUCAGGACUCUGGACAGUCCAAGGGCACACUGGACAUUAAAAAGGACAUGUUAUGUGCCGGCUUUGCUGCUGGACGAUGGGAUGCCUGCCAGGGUGAUUCAGGAGGCCCACUGGCCUGCCGUCUGGAUGAUUGCUGGCUCCUUGCAGGCGUGGUGAGCUGGGGAGAUGGGUGUGCACAGAAGAACCGUCCUGGCGUUUAUGCCCGUGUCACAUCCUACCAGCCCUGGAUCCACAGCCUGAUACCAGAACUGGCCUUCACAAGCGUGAGCAACAAGAGCCAUGGGCCAAUUGUGAACAACAAAAGCACUAUCAACGGUGCAUCAACAGGCCAUUUUAGCCUCCCCUCCAUUGCCAUAGCCUGCGCCAUUUUGCUGCUAUCUUUUGACUAG